UGGCAGCCCUGGCCCCUUUGGGGGGUGCCUGCUGACCAGUAUGGCGUUCUCACAGAGUGCUCCACAGGACCGCCCAGGCUCUGGAAGCUCUUUGAAGCAGGCAGGUGCAGCAGCUCUGGGAGGCUCCGGCUCUCAAGUCUUCACGACCACCCUCUAUGAGCAGAUGAAAGCGAAGGGCCUUUUCAAGAACCACUUCCCAAACAUACCUCCAGCGGGAAAGUCGAUCAAUGUGCCAUUGAAUGAUUCUGCGCAGCAAGAUCUCACGCCAGAGAUUUCUUUCCCAUUGCCAGCUACACCGGUGAACGAGAGGAAGUUUCGGAGGAUCUCUCAUGGUCCUGGGGAGAUUUGUGUUCACCAUGGUCUCAAGGAUCAGCUGCUUCCUGCAGAGGACUUUCGGUAUGGUAUUCGCGGUCAAAAGGGCGCCAGCACAGAGGAUACCAUGAAGGCAGGUCUUCUCCUUGGUGUGGCCGCGUAUCAGAAUGAAGUUGCCGAGUCUGUCUAUGAGUCGAGCAAGAAAGAACCUUUGGGAAAACCAUGGAGCCGAGGGCACUCGCUGAAGAUGCUGCCAGAAGGCUUUGGCAAUCCCAGUGGAACCCCGCAGGACGGAAAGGAGGUGAUCUAUGCGGCAGCCAUUGCUGAAGGGUGGAUCUCCUGGCAAGCGCGCGGAGCAUUGCCUGUCAUCAAAUUUGUUUCCGCUCAGAUCCACCAAAAGCCGGACACGGAGGACAACAGGCUGCUUUACAAAUACACGCACAACAACUUCAACCCUGGCGAGCGCAUUGAGCGGAAAUACAGAUGGCCUGCGGAGACAGAGGACUCUCGUUUCCGCUUUGGGCACGGACUGGGGCAGCCGCAGGAAGGCGCUGGCGCUCGACUAGCGCUGAAUUGGGAAGUAGAAGACGAUGGAUCCGUGAGAAAAACUCGUCUCGUGCAGAAGAACGCUGAGGACUUCCGCAAUGUUCACCACACCAAGGUCUACCACAAGAGUCAUCCUAUGCAGGGCGCCAAUGGUCCUCCACUCGACCCUGACUUCCGGCACGGUGUCAAGUCUGGGAUCAGCGACUACACUGCCAAGAGUUGCAUUCAAGGGUACUACUCUUUGGAGGAACAGCUUCCUGACCAGGACCUGGGCCGUUGCCUGAAGCCGGGCCGGCGAAAUGUGACGGUGGCAACACGAGCGUAUCGCUCUCAAGCACCCGAGG